AUGGCUCUCCGGACAGCGGCAUCCCUUUACCUGUGUUUCCUGCUGGGAGUACAUUGCUGGCAUGAUCUGGACAACACGGAGUACGACUGUUGGCCGAUCAAUGGUCCGAAUGAUUACAACAUGAUCAGCUGUGGUGGUCUGGAAAUGGCCUGGGUGCAGCGUCCUCCAGAGAAAGCAACCAAUGGGGAAGAGUUCAACGUCUCGUACACGGUGACGGCCUCAGAUUCUUUCUACGAGUACGCUGUCAGGAACAAGAUAUUCCAGUUCAGUAAUGCGUCAGAGGCGAAGAGGUUCUGUAACGAACACGAAUGCCCGGCGAACUGGAACAACGCCAAUGAUAUGAACUGCUGCGUGUAUCACGCCAACAUCCACUCCUGUCCUCUCGGUCUUAUGAAACAAGGUGGAAUCUGUGGCCCGUGGAUUCCUGACGAUGGUAAAAUAGUGACUCACACCGUCUCCAAAGCAGGCAAGAUGUCCCAGAAAUUGUGGACGUCAAAGGUGGUGCUGAUCCAUGUGGGAGUCACCUCAGUCAUCGCUCAUAUCAAAUUGGGACACAUGCACGCAGCGCUGGAGUCCAAAGUGCUUGUUGUUAGUGCUCAAGUGUGCGGCGAUGACGUCUGCGAGCUGGAGGAGACCUGUCUCAACUGUCCUGCAGACUGCGGCAUCUGCCCAAUGUCCAUCACUAUUAAGGUGGCCAUCGGGCUCCCAGUCGCUCUCUUCAGCAGCGGCUUCAUCCUAACCAUGGUGUGGCUCCAGUACCAGAAACAGAGGAUGCUUUGGGAUGAAAGCUGGAUCAUCAACUACAAGAACAUAAUAUUUGGUAGAGUGUGCUGCAUGGGCCUCUGCAGCACCAGCAGCCUGCAGCGCGUCAAGAGCACCUCCACCAUCAGUCGAACUACUGAUGUGACCGUGUGCACCAGAUUCAACACCUCCUUCAAACAAGUCUUCAUCCAGCCAGGCAUCUAUGACGGGAGGACGGUGGCAGUGAAAUACAUCCAGAAUAAACAUUUCACCCUCACUAAGACCAUCAGGAAGGAGGUGAAAGAAGUUAGGCAACUGGAUCACCCCAAUCUAUGCAAGUUCAUUGGUGGGUCUAUCGAGGUCCCGUACAUCAGCAUCAUCACGGAGCACUGCCCCAAAGGAAGCCUCUCUGACGUCCUGCUGAAUGAUGACAUCCCCAUCAACUGGGGCUUCAGACUUUCCUUUGCCACUGAUAUCGCCCGUGGGAUGUUGUACCUCCACCAGCACAGGAUGUUUCAUGGGAGACUUCACUCCAGAAAUUGUGUUAUUGACGACCGUUGGGUGUGCAAAAUCUCAGAUUACGGGCUCACAGCCUACAGAAGGGAGGACUUUGAGGCUGUUAGUAAUGGCUUCAACUGUGGGGAGGUAAAUCGUAUAUACUGUGCCCCAGAGGUCCUGCUGGGAAGCAGCUCCAACAUGACGCCAGCAGCAGAUGUUUACAGCUACUCCAUGAUUCUGGUUGAGAUUGCGACUCGCUCCGACCUCAUUUCAGCGGAGGGAGUGAGGAUGGAUAUCGCGUGGCGCCCCCCUCUGCCUGAGGUCAAAGCAGGGAAGGCCGAUACCGACUGUCCCAGUCAAGCAGACUACUGUGAGCUGAUUAAGAAGUGCUGGUGUCACAACGUCACCUUGAGGCCCACGUUUGAGCAGGUGAAGAAGAUGCUCGACAAAAUGAACCCACACAAAGUCAGCCCCGUGGACAUGAUGAUGAACCUGAUGGAGAAGUACAGCAAACAUCUGGAGGCCAUCGUUGCUGAGAGGACGCAGGACCUUCUUCAAGAGAAACAGAAGACGGAUCGGCUAUUAUACAGUAUGUUACCAAAACCGGUGGCUGAUGACCUUCGUCAAGGUCGAACGUCAGAGGCUCAGAGCUACUCCAACGCCACCGUCUACUUCAGCGAUAUUGUCGGCUUUACUCAGCUGUCUGGUGCAAGCACGCCCCACCAGGUUGUGGACUUCCUCAACCAGCUCUACACCACCUUUGACGACAUUAUUGACAAUUAUGACGUAUACAAAGUGGAGACAAUCGGCGAUGCUUACAUGGUGGUCUCUGGGGUCCCUCAAGAAAAUGGCAUCAAUCAUGCCGGAGAGAUAGCCAGCAUGGCUCUUGAUCUGGUUAGUGUCUGCCACACUUUCAAGAUCCCUCACAAACCCAACACACAGCUGAAGAUACGCGCCGGCAUCCACUCAGGACCUGUUGUGGCCGGUGUGGUUGGCACCAAAAUGCCUCGCUACUGCCUGUUUGGGGACACGGUCAACACAUCCUCACGCAUGGAGUCAACAAGUGAAGCUCUGAAGAUCCAGGUGAGUGGUGCCACCGCUGACCUGCUUCACACACUCAGAGGUUACAUCCUGACAUGCAGAGGAACACUUAAUGUGAAGGGAAAAGGAGAGAUGACAACAUGGUGGCUUGAAGCAAAGAGAGAUGAUUACACAGACCCACUGCUCAGAACAUGUGACUCCAGAGGAGUCCCGGUGCCAGUUAGUGACUAAAUCUGGGUAAAAUGUGAGAGUAUAUGAAAACUGGUCAGGAUUUGUGUUGUGCAAUUGAACUGUGUCCCGUGAAGUACGUUGCGGUUAAAUGUGCAGAUACAACGAUAGGAUGAACUAAUAGUUGAUCAUGAAUUUAAACGCCAUUUUGCACUGUAAAUCCAAUAGAUGUAAGCCUAACAGUAAAGUGUUCAAAUGUGUUAUUGUGUCAUUAUCAUUGUUGUGACCUGAAGUGAUGAUGACAAGCAAUCUAAUAGUAUUUUGUAGAAAUAACCAGAAAUUGCACAAUAUCUACAAAAAACAUGAUUUUUUUGUAAUACGAUUGUGCAGGAUGUUUUAUUUAUUUUUCACAAGAGAAUGGAUGUCAAAAAUAUGCAGAGAAUCAUGCCAGAGUUGAGGAAAUGUUUUUUUUUUUUUUAUCACGCAUUAUAAUUUUUUUUUCUUUUCCAAUGUAUAGCUUAAUUAAUAUUUUGGGAAUUUUAAUUUUUUUCUGAUAAAUUAAAAGUAAAGGAGGUAUUCACUGCCUGAAAAUUAUGAAAACCCUCUCUUACAAUAAAUAAAUAAUAAAAAAAAAAUUAAAGAACUUUGAUAAACAUUAUCUGUAUUCUUACAUUUCAAUUAUUUUAACUAAGAACUGGUAUCUGAACGGGCCAUUUGCACAGGAAAAGCACAGGUGUCAAAUUAACAAACUUGAUAAUGACUUUUUGCGUUGGUUUUUGAUAAUAAGGGCCCCAGUAUUGCAUGAUUGCUCACUCAUGUUGCUUCUUUGGAAAUUAAAAGAACUUAGCCAUUGUUAAUGUUAUUAGUUUUUGUGCUGAUUCUGCUAUGAGAAGUCAAAUGUCUGUUGAGGAAAAGGUAAAUUAUACUCAAAAUAGGUGUUCAACUAAUUUGGAAUCAAACUCUUCCAUUCAAGCUACUUGUGGUUUCCAAAUUGUGUAGUGUUUCUUGUUGAUGCAGAACAGAUUUGAUACAAUUAGCCAACUGAACUACUAAAAGGCCUACUAUUAACUAACAACUAUUUCACUUUUGUAAGAUAAGAAUGUACAGUUGUCUGUAGUAGUUUUGUAAGGUGUUGCUUACUGUGCCGUGCAAUGAGCUAUUUUAUUGUAUUUUUCAGUGAUGUAUAAAUUGCAUUAAAGUUAAUUUUGUUGAUUCAUA